AUGUACUCAACCAUCUCUUUUGUAUUGGCUCUCGCUGCCACGGUUGCUGUCUCGCUGCCGUCUCCCAUGAACCGUCGCGAGGUUCGCGUCGCCGCGCGUCAGUCGAACAACGAGCUCACCGAAACCUUUGCUGGCGCCUUCUUGACUACGACUACGGGCACAAUCACGAGUGCCUCCGCGUCGUUUUCGGUUCCGGGGGUUAAAACGCCUGCGGGCGGGGACUUCGCUGCUACCGCCUCCGUAUUUGUUGGACUCGGCAUGGAUAUGUUUCAGUGCUCGAAUAGCUUCAUGGGUGGUAUUAUAGCCUCCACUAAUAGUGGUUCAUCGACCUUUGCUGCCGUUGGAAUUGAAUCCGAUGGCCAGAUCAUCGACAUCCCGAACUUCAUCGUCUCGGCAGGCGAUGACAUCACGAUGAGCAUCAACGCGACGGACUCAACGACGGGCACGGUGCACAUUCUCAACCAGAACACGGGCGGGAUCGUCUCCCUGGACAUCCCUACCGACACCGUGUGCUCGGGGACUGUAUCCUGGCUCGUAACGGAUCUCGUAUUUGGGGGGAAUUUAGCCCCUUUGGCAGCCUUUGGCACGGUCGACUUCGUUGAUGCGUCCGCCCAGACCUCCUCAGGUCCUCUCGACCUCUCUGGCGCGACCGUUCUCGACAUGAUACAGAACAACGUUGUUCUUACUUCCUCCACGCUCACGUCCUCGACCGUCUCGGUCCUCGACCUCAAUGCGGUAUAA